AUGAUUCUUGAACUCUUUCCAGCUCGAUCACGAAGAUAUAAUAGUCUAGCGCACAUGAUGGAUAACUCAGCUCCUACGCACGCCCCGGAAACAGAGCGCUCAGAUAUCGGCACGGUUGAUACUACCCCUCUUGCGUCCGAUGAUUCCUGGGUGAAACACGAGAAGUAUUACUUUGAGAUGGUGAUAUUUCAGGUCGAGGAUACCCUCUUCCGUGUUCCGAAGAAUUCGUUCCUGAAGGCCGAUCCCGAUUCCAUCUUCCCAACCAUGUUCAGUCUGCCUCCGUCGGACGAGAUGAUCAGCGAAGGGGAGCACGAUUCUCACCCGAUAGUGUUGGAGGGAGUACCGAAGGCAUACUUCGAAGGGUUUCUUUUAGUAAUGUAUCCAUUCAAGAGAACAGCCGUCACAUUCGAAGAAUGGAUCGGCGCUCUUGAUCUGGCCACUAUGUGGUCAUUCAGUGAGAUUCGCGGGAAAGCCAUUUCCGCGUUGACCGACAUGCUCGUUGAACGAGAUCCCUUACAGAACCUUCUCUUGGCACGGAAAUAUCAAGUUCGAUCUUGGCUCAAGGAGUCGAUUUUGCGAUUGGUAAAGAAUCAGGCUCUCGAACUCAGAACCCUCCAACGCGGCGGCUCACUUGACUGGGAAACGAUUGCUAGGAUCUUUGCUGUUCAAGCACGUCUCAUGCGCCGAGGGUCACUUUUGAAGCCAGAAAUCGAAGUAGAAAGAAUGUUCUAUGGGGAACUUAGAGAGAUGAGCGAGCCUCAAGACGUUUCACACCGAAGUGCUGCACAAUGCCAACCACUGCCAGUGGCGUAUCCCGAGUACACAACGACUGGACAAGUAGCCGUGGCUCCAUCUGAAGGAACGACUGGUCCAUCCCGCCAUUCGAUAUAUUACAUGGAGGAUAUAACAACACUAGUUGCAGGUACGCUGUUUAGGAUCCCGAAAGGGGAGCUCCUCCAGCCUGGGGCGACAUUUGGCGAAAUUUAUGGGCUUUUACAAGAAAUGGAGGGGCAACCGCAGCUGCCUUCAUCAAAUGGAUUGGGCGUCCGAUGUCCGAUAACUCUGGAAGGGGUGUCUGAAGAGUACUUCGUGGGAUUCUUGGAUGCUCUCUAUCCGCUGGGCAAAUCAUCCACCUCUUUCGCCGACGGGAUAGGCGCUCUUGACCUCGCAACUCGAUGGAAGUUUGACGGGAUAAGGGCGAAAUCCAUUGCCACUCUGACCCCGGUAAUACAAAAUGGGAGUCCCACCCAGAGCGUUGUGCUUGGGAAGAAAUACUCUGUCAAGGAAUGGCUAUUUGAUGGGUAUCUUCGCUUGGUCAACCAGCCAUCGCUGAAUUAUCCAGACCUGCGACAUCCGUUUGAGCUCGACUGGCAGUGCAUUACCAAAAUCCUACAAAUCCGAUACACCAUCCUGUCUUCUGAACGCCGGCCUUCCAACAAUCCGUUUGAAAAUACAAAUUUUGCAGAUGUGGAAGUCUCGAGGUUCACGCGGUAG